GGGUGUUUACAAUGGAAAGGGGGAGGCUUCUCCAAGCUGGCAUGGGGCACUGAACUUGUCACUCUGGCAAAACACUGAUGGCAACCCUAGAAAAGAUCAGAUUUGCACAGCUACAGAUGAAAUACGUACUGUAAAUAUGGCAGAAUCGAGAAGCCCAAGGAAAGGAAACAAAACCUGCACAAAAGGGAAAGGGGUUGAUUCAGGAGGGACCAAGCCACUGGUUUUCCGGCUGCAUGAGAAUGUUUCUUCAUUAGUUCGUGAGGUUUUACUAGAGCGUGGCUGGAUUGAGUAUGAUGAGCAUGAGCAAGAUAAAGAGGACUGGAACCUCUAUUGGCGGAAUUACCCUUUCCGGAUGACAGACCACCAGAGCAUUAAACCAUGGCAGCGUCUCAAUCACCAUCCAGAGACAAUAAGGAUCACCAGGAAAGACUAUUUGGCAAGGCAUCUGAAACGCAUGAAAGGGAUUUAUGGAACAACCCUUUAUGAGUUCAGUCCAGCAGCUUUCAUCAUGCCAAACGAUUACAUAAAAUUUAUAACUGAAUAUACCAGGGAGAGGCAGAUGCCCAACAGGAAGCUGAGUUAUUGGAUCUGCAAACCAGUUGACAGGUCUCGUGGGAGGGGCAUCCUUAUUUUUCAGGACAUUAAAGAUUUUGUUUAUGACUGCAUGGUCAUUGUGCAGAAGUACAUCAGUAACCCUUUGCUUAUUUCUGGAUACAAAUGGGAUCUCCGUCUUUAUGUCUGCGUCACCAGUUUUUGUCCCCUCACAAUAUAUAUUUACGAAGAAGGGCUAGUGAGAUUUGCAACAGAGAAAUUUGACCUGGGGUCCCUGAACAACAUUUAUGCCCACUUGACAAACACUAGCAUCAAUAAAUUUGGUCCUUCGUACAGAAAAGAUAAAGAAGUCAUUGGCUCUGGCUGCAAAUGGAACUUUAGCCGGUUCCGAGCCUACCUACGUAGCCGCAGUGUGGAUGACCUGCUCCUGUGGAAGAGGAUCAACCGCAUAGUCACGCUGACUUUGCUUGCCAUCACUCCGUCUGUACCAAUCACCUCCAAUUGCUUUGAGCUCUUUGGGUUUGACAUUCUGGUAGACGACAGACUCAAACCGUGGCUGCUGGAAGUGAACCACAGCCCAGGCUUGCGCCUAGACUGUGCCACUGAUGCGACUGUGAAAAGAAAGAUGCUCCACGAUAUCAUUGACUUAUUAAACUACAGGGAGGCUGAUGCGUUGAGAAAAUGUAUCAAAGGGACCAAUAGGAAAAUUUCAUGUUUUGGUCAAACACAGUCUAUGUGGUCUGCUAACCAGACAGAGAUCCCACUAGAUUGCUCGGCUCCCAGGAAAGGAGCCAAGUCAGCAGCUGCUUCCCCUUCACCAUCCCUUUUGCAGAUUCGUAAAAGUGCGUCAGUAUUUGGCAGAAUGUGCAGUGCACACCCCAAGGAAACCUUAACCUCGCGAUUACGUGAAAGGAUGAACAUGCCGAAAACACUCUUGCAAGCAAAGCCAUCCUCAAAAAGCAAACCAAUAUUAAGACCUAGUAAUUCAAUAUGUGAACCUGUUCUGUCCACUCAGUGGUUCGGUCUGAAUGAGCUCUAUACCCAUAAACCAUCCAUCCCUCCAUAUUUUCUCUCCGAUAAACAGAAGCGACCAUUCCCUCGAGUAGGUAAUUUUGUCCUCAUAUUCCCUUUCAAUGAUGCUGCACUUGAAGCAUCUAGGAGUGGUAUAAAUGUCAAAAGCGUAAUACGUGAAAUACACAAAUUAAUGAUCAAAGAAUUGCAACUAGAACAGCAGAAAUUUAAUAAAGGUUUAUUUAACCUGUAGAUAAACUUAGCAUAUUAAAAAUUAUGUAUGAUUUUAAGGAUCUCUUGUUCGUAUAGGACACCAUGAGCUCUACACCAUUCAUUUCAGGCUUUCUUGUAUCAUUUUGUUUUUCUCUCCGCCCCCACCCCCACCCCGACAGACUUUCUGUU